AUGAUGAAGAAUCUUCUCCUGGUCGUGAAUAUCCUGGCAUUAACUCUGCCCUUUUUAGCUGCAGAGGUACAAAACCAGGAUCAGCCAACAAACUGUGAAAAUGAUGAAAAAUACUUCAUUCCAAAAGCAGUCCCAAUUUAUAUCCCGGUUAAUUAUUUUCUGAAAAGUGAUUCUCAUUAUAGUCCAAUUUAUUACCAACAGAAACCAGCUGUCCCUUUCUAUUAUCCAUACAUGCUUCACCAAUAUUCUACAAAACCAUUUGUAUUUAGGACACAUAUCCAAAUUCCUCAGCAGCAAGUUUCAUCAAAUAUUUACACAUCCCCAAUGUUACAUCCUACAUCCUUCGUUGUCGUUCCCCCAAAGAAAAUGCAGGAUAAAGCCAUAGUUCCUACCACAGACAUCUUUGCUUCUAUUGACCCUACACAUAUCCCUACCACUGAACCAACAAAGAACACUGUUGAAACUCCUGAAGUUCCCACAGAUGUCAUCACCAAAGACACACCUGAGACCAUCAGAGAAUCAAUUACUUCACCUCUGGACCAAAACCACUAA